AUGAAUGACCAGUACCACCGAGCCGCCCGGGACGGCUACCUGGACCUGCUGAAGGAAGCCACCAAGAAGGACCUGAACUCGCCCGAUGAGGAUGGCAUGACCCCGACCCUAUGGGCCGCCUACCACGGCAACCUGGACGCGCUGCGCCUCAUUGUCAGCAGAGGGGGUGAUCCAGACAAAUGUGACAUAUGGGGGAACACUCCCCUCCACCUGGCAGCAGCCAACGGCCACCUGAACUGCCUCUCCUUCCUCAUCUCCUUUGGGGCCAACAUCUGGUGCCUGGACAAUGAUUACCACACCCCACUGGACAUGGCAGCCAUGAAGGGGCACAUGGAGUGUGUGCGGUACCUGGACUCGAUUGCUGCCAAGCAGAGCAACCUCAACCCUAAGCUGGUGAGCAAACUGAAGGACAAGGCCUUUCGGGAUGCAGAGAGGAGGAUUAAGGACUGCGUGAAGCUGCAGAAGAAGCACCACGAAAGGAUGGAGAAACGGUACAGAAAGGAGAUGUCAGAUAAUUCGGAUACCAUGAGCUUUUCCAGCUAUUCCAGCAGCACCUUAAGCAAGAAGUUCCAGCACAUGUCUAUGGUGACUUCCCUGCCAUAUUCACAAGCCACCAUCCAUGGCACAGCCAAGGGAAAGACGAAAAUACAAAAGAAAUUAGAGAAGAAGAAGCAGGUGGACGGGACGUUCAAGAUCUACGAGGAUGGCAGGAAAAGCGUGCGGUCUCUGUCUGGUCUGCAGCUGGGCAAUGACGUCAUGUUUGUGAAGCAGGGCACGUACGCCAGCCCGAAGGAGUGGACGCGCCGCAACAUCCGCGACAUGUUCCUCACGGAUGAAGACACCGUCUCCCGUGCCAUAAGCGACCCAGGUUUGCACAUGGACUCGGCUCACUCUGAGGUCAGCACUGACUCCGGACACGACUCCUUGUUCAACCGCCCCGGGCUGGGCACCAUGGUGUUCCGGCGCAACUACGUGAGCAGCGGGCUCUUCGGGAUCGGCCGCGAGGACGGGGCUGCGCUGGGGGAGGACGGCGCCGACGGGAUGGGCGUCAGACUGCGGAGCCGCCUGCAGCGCUCGCCAAGUCUCAACGACAGCAUUGGCAGUGCCAACAGCCUGCAGGAGAGGAACGCCGAGGAGCUGCCCUGGGAUGAGGUGGAGCUGGGCUUAGAUGACGACGAUGAACCAGACACCAGCCCCUUGGAAACUUUUCUGGCUUCCCUGCACAUGUUUGAAUUCAUCUCCAUCCUGAAGAAGGAAAAGAUUGACUUGGAGGCCCUCAUGCUGUGCUCAGACCAUGACCUGAAGAGCAUCAAUAUCCCUUUGGGCCCCAGGAAAAAGAUUGUGGAUGCCAUCCAGAGGAGACGACAAACGCUGGAGAAGCCAGAUGUCAUUGUAGACACUGAACUGUAA